AUGUCAGCUGAAGAAUCUCAAUAUUGGGAUCAGGACCAAUCCGAAUACGACGAUGGCGAUUAUGAAGAAAUAGAAGUUGAGAGGUAUGAUGAAGAUUUAACUCAACCACUUCAAGAUAUGUCUUUGGUCCCUUUUCGACGAUCUAACACAGGACCGGGAACGAUAUCUUCUUCUUUAACAAACUCACAACUUUCCAGAACAUCUACAUUCAAUAAUUCAAAAGCUACAAACACUAGUAAAAGUGGUGUUCGUAAACCUGGUUCAAAAACAUCUAAACAAUCAAACUCCAACAAAUUUCCUUCAAGAGCAUUAACAAAACCAAAAGAUCCACUUAGUUUUAUAGAUGAUUUACCUUUUCUUCCUGAUCCAAGACAUAAAGUAUAUCUUCGUCAAAGACUCCAAACACUUUGUUCUCUUGUACAUCUUUAUCCUGCACAAGAUUCGAUGAGAGGUUCAGCAUAUACAACUAUCAUCCCACGUCCUUCUAAAUCAAUGAAAUAUCAAACUAAAAUCAAUGAUACUGAUGUACCUCCAAAUGACACAGUGGAACCUCUUUCUAGAUCUGAUUCCAGAUCUUUCAGAAGAACAAAUUCGACAAUGUCGUUAACAUCAAGUCCAUCGAGAUCAAGAAGAUCAAAUUAUAGUAUAACGAAUGAAGAUAAAUUAUCUUUAGAUCAUUUGGCAGCUUGUAUUUAUUCUUGGGCUUCUCAAAGUCUUCUAUUGAUCAUCUACAAUCUCAAAGAAAGUGUGAGAUGA